AAUCAUAUUAGUGAAGAUUAGGAAGAAGCUUUAAAAUCCCAAGGCUAGUGUGCAUUGCUAGAAUUGUUAAGAGAGAGAGCUCAUAUGAAAUUGGUUAUUGUGGGAUAUUUAAAAUAAAACAAAGAUCAGUUUACUUUCAGGCAAAAAGAUGCCAGUAAUCAAUAUUGAGGACCUGACAGAAAAGGACAAAUUGAAGAUGGAAGUUGACCAGCUCAAGAAAGAAGUGACACUGGAAAGAAUGCUAGUUUCCAAAUGUUGUGAAGAAGUAAGAGAUUACGUUGAAGAACGAUCUGGCGAGGAUCCACUGGUAAAGGGCAUCCCAGAGGACAAAAAUCCCUUCAAGGAGCUCAAAGGAGGCUGUGUGAUUUCAUAAUACAAAAAAAAAAAGAAAAAAAAUUUAAAAAAUUCUUGGAAAUAUCUCAAAUGUUAAUAACAAUAUGGAUUUUUCUCAUACAUACUAUUACUACUAAGCAUGUAUGUGAAUUUUUAAAUUUAUAGAUGUAAACUUUUAAUAAAAUUUGGGAUGUGGUAAC